AUGAGUCAAGAUCCAAAUAUGUAUUAUCCAUCACAACAAGGUACUUAUUCAUCGUAUUCACCUCAACAACCAGGUUUCUAUGGACAAUAUCCACCACAAUCGAAUAGUUAUACACAACAGUCAUCAACACUUGACGAUAAAAAUAUGCCUCCAUACGUUGAUCCAAAUACAGCCAUCAGUUCUGAGCGAAAUCAAGUGUCGUUUCAAACACCUCCUAUUAUACCACACAAUCUACCACCUGCAGUAUCUGCGCAAUCAACCGGUGGAUGGGGUAAAUUUAGUGGCAUUGAAACUAAACGAAUACGGCAUGGUUUUAUUCGGAAGGUCUAUGCCAUUCUUAUGGUUCAAUUAUUGUUUACAUUUGGUAUCAUUGCAAUAUUUCAUUUUACACCUGCAAUUCGCAACUAUAUACGAUCACCAAGGGGUCAAUGGGCAUAUUGGACUUCUUAUGGUGUAUUUUUUGCAACAUAUAUUGCAUUAGCUUGUUGCAAACGUCUUGGACGUCGAUAUCCACUUAAUCUUAUUUUACUUAGUAUUUUGACACUUUCAAUGAGUUACAUGAUGAGUAUGAUUUCAGCAUAUUUUAAAAUUGAAUCUGUAUUUAUUGCUGUUGGUCUAACAUCUUUUGUUUGUUUUGGUGUAACAAUAUUUUCAUUUCAAACGAAAUUUGACUUUACAUCAUGUGUUGGAGUUUUAUUUGUUAUUUCAUUGGCAUUGGUGGGUUUUGGUUUUGCUUGUAUUUUUACUUAUUCAAGAAUUUUGUAUACAGUUUAUGCUGCUCUUGGAGCUGUAGCUUUUUCGAUUUUUUUGGCUGUUGAUACUCAAUUGAUUUUGGGUGGAAAACGUCAUGAGAUAAGUCCCGAAGAUCAUGUAUUUGCAUCGAUUAUGCUCUAUCUUGAUAUUGUUUAUAUCUUUAUGUAUAUUCUCAUGUUAUUUGGUAAACGUGAAUAA